AUGUCCUACAUCAAGCUUGUCGUUGCAUUAAAUGAGCUUCCCAUUGAAUAUUACAAUGCAGAGGCGCUGCAGCUCAUUGGGAAAGCUAUUGGAAAUGUCCUCCGUAUAGAUACCUUUACGGCGUCGGAAACUAGAGGUCGGUUUGCAAGGCUGUGUGUGCAAGUUGAUGUGGAAAAACCUCUAGCUACUGCUAUUAUGAUAGGAAAGCUGGAGCAACAGAUUUGUUAUGAAGGAAUCCAAAAAAUGUGCUUUGAGUGUGGCCGUUUAGGUCAUAGUAAGGAGCAUUGCCCUCAUGUUGUCCGGCAAGGACCGUCGUACUCGGAGGCCGGAUUGAAGGAGGCGGGUGAGACGUGUUUUAGCUCACAGUUUGCGCAUGGUCCUGACGAAGCAAGGCGUGGGGAGGGGACCAGUGGUGUGGUGCGUGACUCUGAGCAAAGUACUGAGCAGGUGGAUGUGCGGGAGGAGGUGUACGGGCCUUGGAUUGUAGUAGAGCGCAGAAAAAAUAGUACAAAACCGUUGAGGAGUAGUGGGACUUUGCCACGGCAAGGGAGUGUUUUAAAUACCAGAACAUAUGAAUACGUGGAGAAGGGAGCUGCAGAUCGGGCUGCUGGGAUUGAUGGGUCUAAUAGAGAGUCUAAGAGGAAGAUAUCGUCUCAGAGUUUUGUGGAUAAGGCCCGUUUUGCCUCUGUGGUCCAAAACAUUAGGCAGGAGGACAAGGCCCACACCCAACAAAGCCCACGUUUGAUGUUGAAUAGAAAAGCGCCAAGUCAGGAUGUAGACCGGUCCAGUGCUUAUCCAAGUUCACAGAGACUUUCAUCAGUCAAAGGAAAGAAAGGGGCAGCUCGUAAAAAAUCUCAAAAUGGUGACCAAGGCAGCGCCGGUGGGGCGCUCUGUUCUAACCGAUCCGGUUUCAAGCAAGCUUAG